AUGGACGGGCUGCCCGGUCGGGCGCUGGGGGCCGCCUGCCUUUUGAUGCUGGCGGUCGGCUGGCUGGGGCCCGGGGUCUGGGGCUCGCCCACGCCCCCGCCGUCGCCCGCCGCGCCGCAACCGCCCCCGCCGCCGCCCGGAGCCCCCGGCGGCUCGCAGGACACCUGCACGUCGUGCGGCGGCUUCCGGCGGCCGGAGGAGCUGGGCCGGGUAGACGGCGACUUCCUGGAGGCGGUGAAACGGCACAUCUUGAACCGCCUGCAGAUGCGGGGCCGGCCCAACAUCACACACGCCGUGCCCAAGGCCGCCAUGGUCACGGCCCUGCGCAAGCUGCACGCGGGCAAGGUGCGCGAGGACGGCCGGGUGGAGAUCCCGCACCUCGACGGCCACGCCAGCCCGGGCGCCGACGGCCAGGAGCGCGUCUCCGAGAUCAUCAGCUUCGCCGAGACAGAUGGCCUGGCCUCUUCCCGGGUCCGCCUGUACUUCUUCAUCUCCAACGAAGGCAACCAGAACCUGUUUGUAGUGCAGGCCAGCCUGUGGCUCUACCUGAAGCUGCUGCCCUGCGUCCUGGAGAAGGGCGGCCGGCGGAAGGUGCGGGUCAAGGUGUACUUCCAGGAGAAGGGCCCUGGCGACCGCUGGGCCGCGGUGGAGAAGCGCGUGGACCUCAAGCGCAGCGGCUGGCACACCUUCCCACUCACCGAACCCAUCCAGGCCCUGUUCUCGCGGGGCGAGCGGCGUCUCAGCCUGGACGUGCAGUGCGAUGGCUGCCGGGAGCUGGCCGUGGUGCCCGUGUUCGUGGACCCGGGCGAGGAGUCGCACCGGCCCUUCGUGGUGGUGCAGGCGCGGCUGGGCGACAGCAGGCACCGCAUCCGCAAGCGGGGCCUGGAGUGCGACGGGCGGACCAACCUGUGCUGCCGGCAGCAGUUCUUCAUCGACUUCCGCCUCAUCGGCUGGAACGACUGGAUCAUUGCGCCCAGCGGCUACUACGGGAACUACUGCGAGGGCAGCUGCCCCGCCUACCUGGCGGGGGUGCCAGGCUCGGCCUCCUCCUUCCACACGGCCGUGGUGAACCAGUACCGCAUGCGGGGGCUCAACCCGGGCACCGUGAACUCCUGCUGUAUCCCCACCAAGCUGAGCACCAUGUCCAUGCUCUACUUCGACGACGAGUACAACAUCGUCAAGCGGGACGUGCCCAACAUGAUCGUGGAGGAGUGCGGCUGCGCAUGA